UUCACGGUGAGGGAGAUCAGACCCAUCUUCCCCCAUCGCAAAAGAAAUUCAGUCAAGUCUCCAAUCCGCUUCAUCGACCUACCCCUUCUUUCACAAAUAUGGCAUCUAAGUGUGUCCACAAGGGCUGCGGGAAGGAGUUCACCGACCCCGAAGAGCCCUGCGUUUACCAUCCCGGCCCGCCAGUGUUCCACGAGGGUCAAAAAGGCUGGAAAUGCUGCAAGCCCCGCGUUCUCACUUUCGACGAAUUUCUCGCCAUCCCCCCGUGCACCACGGGCAAGCACUCCACAGUCGAUGAUACCCCUCAGCCUCCUCCCAAGCCCGUCGCAGAAGAAGCUCCGGCUCCGGCUCCGGCUUCUACGCCGGUGCCCGAACCUCCCCGCCAUGCCAUCUCGCCGGCCAUUGCCCCUCCCUCCAAUGCGCCGACUCCUGUCCCCGAAGAGCCCGAGUCCGACGAUCCCGAUCUCGAGAUCCCGGCCAACGCCACCUGUCGCCGGAGGGGCUGCAACGCGGGAUACGAUGCGGCCGUGGCGCGCGAGGACGAGAAGUGUGUCUUCCACCCCGGCCAGCCCAUCUUCCACGAAGGCAGCAAGGGGUGGUCGUGCUGCAAGAAGCGAGUGCUCGAGUUCGACGAGUUCCUGAAGAUCCAGGGCUGCAAGGAGAAGACGAAGCAUAUGUUUGUUGGCAAGGGCAAGCCUCCGGGCGAGGAGAAGGUGGACACAGUCCGGAACGACUUCUACCAGACGCCAUCCUCCGUGAACGUCUCGCUCUACCUGAAGAAGAUUGACAAGGAGAACGCCAAGGUUGAGUUCUCUGCUACGUCGUUGGAGUUGGAUCUCCCCACGACGGACAACAAGCGGUACAAAGACACCUAUCAGCUGUUUGCGCCUAUCGAUCCCGAGAAGUCCAAGUUCCGUGUCAUGGGCACGAAGCUGGAAUUGACUUUGAUCAAGGCGGAUGGCACCAGCUGGCCGGUGCUGCGCAGCGACGACAAGUGGACUGGAGAGCGCAUCCAAGUGGGCAAGGCGGGAAGAGCUUGAGGAUACUUGGAUGGAUCAGGAAAAUAUAAUAUACUAUCGGCGGGCUAAGAGACCGAUGAACCGACAUAUAAUGGCAUACGGAGAUAUGUGUAGUAUGGG